AUGAACAUUAAUUUUCAGUUCUCCUCUCAAAUCCAAUUGGAUCAGGUCUAUUUCGCACCCAGAAACUCGAAUUUUGGAGAAGACAUUGAUGUGGAAAUUCGAGUUUCAAUUUCAUCCGUACUCCAGAAUGGUCAUCAAUGGGUGUUAUCCUUCGAGAAGAUUGACAAGCAAGAGAAAUUGGUCAUUGGAAAUUUCGCAACAGUUGCAGCAGGUGUUGGUGCCUAUAGGGCAGCUAUUCGUACAGCGUUACCUCAUGACUUCCAAUCGAGAUUCGUUGCUGAGAACCGAGUUGUCGGAUUCAUCACUCUGGAAGGAGUUUACUCUGGUCAAGUGUUCUUGAAGAGAUCCUGGAAAGUGAAAAAAAUCAUCCAACAAGGUGCAAACAGAUCAUUAGACACGGUCAAGAAGAUCAUUGACACCAGAAAAUCUUCCAUCGAAAGGAACAGUAUCCAAUGGAGUGCAGAAAGCGAAGGUGGACAAAUCAAUCCUUUCAUGACUUGA